GGAACAGAGAAGUCAAGCGUACGUGACAGCAGAAAGAUAGUGUCUAAGAUUGUGUUUGCAUGUUACAGUGGAGCAGAGAGAUCAGUUUCAAACCAGGCUGGGCUUCACCUACGUGUUCAUCAAAGAAAGCUGCUGAGCAGAGAGCAUAGACAAACACUGUAAGGUCAUACCUGAAUGAAAAAUGUCAGAUAGUAUUUUGGAGGAGGUUUUUAUAAAGCGAUCACAACAGAAGAAGAAAACUUCACCCUUAAACUUCAAAGAGAGGUUGUUUGUACUCACACAAGAUAAAAUUGCAUACUAUGACUAUGAUUAUGAAAAAGGGAAAAGGAAAGGCUUAAAGGGGUCUGUGGACAUUGAGAAGAUUAAAUGUGUUGAGACUGUGAUCCCAGAGGAUAAUGCCCCUCCUGAACGACUCUUCCCAUUUCAGAUAAUCUAUGAUGAGGGACCACUCUACAUUUUUGCCAAAUCAGAUGAUGUGCGAAAGCAGUGGAUACACAAACUUAGGCAUGUGGUGCGGUUCAACAAGGAUCUAAUGCAAAAGUAUCACCCCUGUUUUUGGGAGGAUGGCAUGUGGAAGUGUUGCCAGCAAGAAGUUAAACAGGCCAUGGGCUGCAGAGUGCUGGAGACAAGGAAUGGAGGAUUUUCAAAAGGAUCUCGACGUAAAUCCAGAAAACCACUACCGCCUACACCAGAGGAAAAGCCCUCAAGACCUCUGCCUCCACAGCCACCUAAGCAGCCUAAAUUCUCAGAGGGUAUGACGGUCAUCGCUGAGUAUGACUACGCUCCUAUGGCCCCUCAGGACCUAGAACUGAGGAAGGACGAGGAGUACAUAAUCUUACAAAUAAGUGAUGCUAACUGGUUUAGAGCCAGAGAUAAAUAUGGCAAUGAAGGAUACAUUCCUAGUAACUACGUUGUUGAGGUCUUGAAUGGAUUGGAAAAGUUUGAAUGGUAUUGCAAGAACAUAAAUCGCAGUCAAGCAGAAAAUUUACUUAGGACUGAGAAUAAAGAUGGUGGUUUUCUGGUACGAGACUCUGGAAAAUACACUGGAAAAUAUACUGCCUCUGUUUACACCAAGGCCAGUCAGCCAGGUGGGACUCUUGGCACAUGCCGACACUACAACAUAUUAACGAACCAUCAAGAUCAGUUCUACUUGGCAGAGAAGCACUAUUUUAACAGUAUACCAGAGCUCAUCAAUUACCACCAGCACAAUGCUGCAGGAUUGGUAAGCAGGCUAAAAUAUGUGGUAUCAAAUCGAACUCAGAAUGCACCAUCUACUGCCGGUUUGGGUUAUGGGGUCUGGGAGAUUGAUCCUCGCCAGCUCACUUUUAUUAAAGAGCUGGGUAAUGGACAAUUUGGGGUGGUUAAAUAUGGAAAGUGGCAAGGCAGACAUGACGUAGCCAUCAAAAUGAUCAAAGAGGGUUCCAUGUCAGAAGAUGAUUUUAUUGAGGAGGCUAAAGUCAUGAUGAAACUUCGCCAUGAAAAUCUAGUUCAACUUUAUGGUGUUUGCACAAAACAAAGACCCAUUUAUAUAGUCACCGAGUUUCUUUCCAAUGGAUGUCUACUGACUUACCUACGGGAGAACCUGCAACACCCCUCAGCUGUCCAGCUCCUUGAGAUGUGUAAAGAUGUGAGCGAAGGAAUGGCUUAUCUAGAGUCCCAGCAAUACAUCCACAGAGACCUUGCUGCUAGGAAUUGUUUAGUAGAUUCAAAUGGGACCAUAAAAGUGACUGAUUUUGGAUUGUCAAGGUAUGUCCUUGAUGAUGAGUAUUUCAGCUCUGUCGGCUCAAAGUUCCCUGUACGCUGGUCACCUCCCGAAGUACUGCUUUACUGCAAGUUCAGCAGCAAAUCCGAUAUCUGGGCAUUUGGCGUUUUAAUGUGGGAAGUUUACACACUGGGUAGAAUGCCAUAUGAACGUCUGAACAACACAGAGAUAGUGGAUAAGGUUUCUACUGGCUAUAGGCUGUAUCGUCCUCAGAUGGCCAAUGACAAAAUCUACAACAUAAUGAUGAACUGUUGGCAUGAGAAAGCAGAUGAGAGGCCUACCUUUCAGGCUCUUGUCAUCUCUAUUCAGGAUUUGCUGGAUAAUCUGUACUAGAAGACAGGCUAUAACAUUGAUCCCAGAAAGCAUAUGCCUUUCGGAAAGAGCUGUAGCCCUGUGCUACAUUAAUAGGCUGUUUAUAAUUAUGUAAACAUCUUAAGAGACAAUUAAUAUUUUAUACAUAUACUGAGUUUCUCUUUUUCCCUUUUAAAUUGUAGUACUGUACUUACUGUAUAAAAUUAGCCUCCAUUUCUGAAGCCAACCAUCAUAGCUAAAUAAGAUCACAUAACUGUAUGAAUUCAGCAUUAUAUAUUUUUAUUUGCCUUUCUAUGAUAAUUGUGUUUGCAUAAAGUACCAUUUAGAAAGAUUUCAGCUGUGUUGAUAUAGGAACUUGAUGUUUUUUAAUAAAUUUACAAAUGUUUGCUGAAUCUUUCACUGAUGCUGUGUCUCAAGAAGAAGAGAAGUUGUGUCCACAAUUAGUAAGACACUGUACUUCAGAGAGACACUGUUCUGAGCGGAGAAAGAUAUAUAAUAAGCCCAUUGUCCAUGGCCAUACCUUAUAUUCCCUGUCUGAGAUCAGAUGGAGAGUACAUAUUUUCCUGCAUCCACCAGAAAUGGAUGUCCAUUUAGGCAUAUUUUCAUUUUAUUUCAAUGUGGUAAAGCCAUUGGAGUUAAUCCAGUCAUGAGUUACAACCUUAAACAAAAUGAAAUUAAUGUGACUGAAUCCAGUGAUAUUAACAUCUUAAAAUGUGUAAACCAUACCAAGCACUAUUGUAUCUCUGCAGUAGAUGGGGGAGGGUCAUAUCUACUACAGAAAGUAGAUGAAAAUAAUUUUGCAAAUAAAUAAUAGAAUGAGAACAGAAAAAGAUGAGAAAGUACUUUUCAAAACUUAACACUAGAUGGCAGUGUGAACUGUAAUUAGAAUUUUCCAUGACAGGCGGCAGUUAGACAUUGAAUACUGUGCAAUUACUUGAUUUUAGAGGAGAAAACUUACUACAAAUGGUGCCCUUGUAUGGCUAUGAGAUACCAUGUAAAGGUACUUAUUCAAUACAUAAAAUAUUGAUUAAAAAGUUCUGACAGA